AUGCAUAAUGCCAGAACACUCUCCACAGACGCCGAACUUCACGCCCUUCUUGCAACCGCAAAUCGCAUUAAAUUUCAUGUGAUCGCAUUACAAAAAACAAAAGUCGAGAAGACCGACAUACGCCAACUAAACAACGGCACCAUUGUGAUCCGCGGAGAAAAGAUCCCGUCACGAAAUAUCGGUGGCGAAGGCUUUGUCGUGCACCCGUCCAUUGCCCAUCUCGUCGACUCACACGAGAUCCUUUCCCUUCGCAUAGCCGUCUCCGUCUUCAACUGUCGCAUUAUAAGAAGAUCACUAUCAUCAACUGCUACUCACCCACCGACGCGAGUGAUAAGUACGAAUUAA